AGGUUGAUACAGAGAUAACAAAUCAUAAAUGAAUUUUGAUGUGGAUUUUGAAAUACAGCUUGAAAUACUGUAGUGAUUUUUUUUCAGCAGAAUAAAAUCUGGGGCAGUUGCUAUAGUAAUGUGUAAGAGUGCUUGAGUUUCUGGAGAGUUUGCAGAGCUGCAUUAAUCACAAGGCUUAGGCAGCUUGGUCACAGGACCUCUUUGUGAGAAAGAACAUUAUGCAUCCUGAGAUGAUGUCUAAAAGUCCAGAGCUUGAGGUGAUUCCUGGGUAGUGUUUUCCCAGAUUCAGUGAAGCUUAAAAGGAUAAGAUCCAGGUACAGGGCUCUGUGACCGUCCAGCACAGGUGGACAAAAAUGGCCAUGCCACAAAAGAGGACUGAGUGAGGAAGAAAGGUUUUGGGGUUUUUUUCUUAAAAAGAAAAAAAGGAAGGAUAAGCUACUUCACUCUUUGUGGCUCAGAGUUUGGCACUGCUGUGAGGGAGAAGCACUGAAUUGACAAUCAGAGCUCUAAUUCCCAUCCUCUGAUAGAGUCCUGGUACCGUUUCGAUCCUGAGAGAUACCCUGACCAAAGGGACUGAGAGGGUAUCUGCAGUAAUAUGACUGCCUUCAUCAUCGUUGGCUAUAUGUUGAGAAACUUUUGACUUCUCUAUAUCCUGCUUAGUUUAUGCUUAUUAUUAAACGAAUCUGUGCUUUUCAGCCAAAACAGUAUCUUUUGCAGCACAGCUAUGGGUUCUGAUCAGAAAGGCAAUAACCAGUCAGAGGCUGAAAAAAUUUGCCCAGUCUUGGACAGCAGGUAACACCCUCUAUUCAUGGAGUCAGAAAGACAAGCUACAUUUACAGUAUUUGCUGUCCUUUAUAGAAAUACAGCAGGCCCUAUUAUCUGCACUUGUGCUGUUUUGCCUUCAAGAAAAGGGGCUGGGCUCCAACAAACAUUCACAACUGCUGAAGAUGAUCACAGCGAACUUCCUCUUUGCCCCCAGAAGGGUGGGUGUUUGCCAUCCGGAACACCAGACUUAAAUGACCAGCAAGCAGGAAGUUUUCCUUUCAAAACUGCAUUUCAACAUGAAGACGAGAGAAGAAGGAAUGUUAAAAUGAAAUCCUCAUUUAAUAUAGAGUGUUCACAUUUUAUCUCAUUCUUGUCUUCCAUUAUUAUUAACAAAAGAUAUUAAUUUUGUGUGGGGGGGUUUUUUGGUUUUUUUUUUUUCCUGAUGUCUAAGCAGGCUGAGGUCUCUUGACCUGAAGUUGUGAAAUUUCCCUUCUGCAGUUCCAGUGGAGAGAUUCUUCACGUGUUUGGGCAUAGUUCUGGUCCUAAGUAGCUUCGGUACCCAGCCAAGUGCAGCUGCGGUUCAUCUCUGGAUACCCCAGCACAACUUCCUGAAGACAGAAAUUGACCUCUCAAUUGGAUUUUACUGAGGAAUUAGUUUCUACUUAACUGAGAAAAUCAAUAACUGGAAUUAAAGAAUGGGAGUGAGGAGGAUUGAUAAGAACUUAGAACAAGGGGCUGGACUCAUCACUGAGACAUGUUGAACAGCAAACAAAGAUAUGCUUCUAUAUUUCUGUAAGGAACCAAGAUAAACCUGGAAGGCAUAAUGGGACCCCGUACAAAUGUCUAUGUCUUUGCUUGUGUCUUUACAUUCAUGCUAUGGAAUAGUAUCCAGGCAACUGUGGAAAAUGAAUUUAUUGCAAAUUACUCAAGCAGUUUGCUAACUAACAUUCCAAACAACAUUCCAGUCCAUACUCGUGUAUUAGAUUUAUCACAUAAUAGGAUCUCUGGACUCAGUAUCUCAGAGUUUAUUUCUCUUUCUGACCUUCAAGUAUUAAAUCUUUCUCAUAACCUAAUUACAGAGCUUGACUUCAGUGCCUUCAUUUUUAAUGAACAUUUAGAAUACUUAGAUUUAUCUCAUAAUAGCAUUUUGAAAGUUUACUGUCAAACUCUUCCAUAUCUUAGACAUUUAGAUCUUUCUUUCAAUAAGUUUACUGUCCUGCCCAUCUGUCAGGAAUUUGGGAACAUGUUUCGUUUGGAGUAUCUAGGAUUAAGUGCCACAAUGAUGCGAAGGUCAGACUUCAGGUAUAUUAUACCUUUGCAGCUUCACACAGUCUUCCUAACCUUAGAAGACUUUUCUCUGUAUGAGCCUCAGAGUCUGACAGCCUUGAAUACAAGGAGCCUCCAUAUUGUAUUUGCAGCAAACCAAAACUUCAGUUUUUACCUCCUGUAUGAUGGAAUGAGCACUUCAGAAACUGUAAAAAUAGUUAACUUAAGAUAUAGCUUGAGCUACAAGGAUUUCCCCUCUCCUACUUUAACGCUUCUGAAGAAAAUCAAGACAACAGCUCUAAUGCUUGACACUGUGGAUUUACAAUGGCCUAUAAUUUUGCAAAUUUUCCUGUUUAUUUGGUAUUCACCUGUGGAGCAUUUGACUGUGAGACAUUUGACUUUUCGGGGUCCACUGCGGGAGCUGAAUGAGUAUGAAUUUCUACUAUUAUUAAGCUCUCUGGAACAAUUAAUGUCUGUGGGUGGCCAAAUGAAAGCGCUAACUUUGGAGCAUGUUCGUAACAAAGUCUAUUAUUUCAACCAGGAGAUUCUAUACAGACAUUUUUCAGAGAUGAAUAUUGCCAGUUUGACAAUAUAUGAUGCAUAUAUGCCACACAUGCUUUGCCCCAAUAGGACAAGCUCAUUUCAGUAUUUAAAUUUUUCUCACAAUGCUCUGACAGAUGAAUUGUUCCACAAUUGUGGCACUCUGACAGAUCUGAAAUCGCUUGUUUUGAGGAGGAAUAAAUUUGAGAGCCUUUCCAAGGUAAGCUUCAUGACCAGCCGUAUGAAAUUGCUGAAAUAUUUGGACAUGAGCAACAACUUGCUGAGUCACGCUGCAGCUGAUGUGCAAUGCCAGUGGGCUGAGUCUCUGACAGAGUUGGACCUGUCCUCAAAUCAGUUGACGGAUUCCGUGUUUGAGUGCUUGCCUGUCAACAUCAAAAAGCUUGACCUACAAAACAAUCAGAUCACCAGUGUGGCCAAGGGGAUGGCUGAGCUGAAAUCCUUGAAAGAGCUGAACCUGGCAUCAAACAGGCUGGCUGACCUGCCAGGGUGCAGUGGCUUUACGUCCCUGGAGUUCCUGAAUAUAGAGAUGAAUUUGAUCCUCACCCCAUCUGCCGACUUCUUCCAGAGCUGCCCACGGGUCAAGGAGCUACAAGCUGGGCACAACCCGUUUAAGUGUUCUUGUGAACUGCAAGACUUUAUCCGUCUGGAGAGGCAGUCUGGACGGAAGCUGUUUGGCUGGCCGGCGGCAUACACGUGCGAGUACCCGGAAGACUUGCAAGGAACGCAGCUGAAGGACUUCCACCUGACUGAACUGGCUUGCAACACGAUGCUCUUGCUUGUGACAGCUCUGCUGCUGACGCUGGUGCUGGUGGGUGUCGUGGCCUUUCUGUGCAUCUACCUGGAUGUGCUGUGGUACGUGCAGAUGACGUGGCAGUGGACGCAGACAAAGCGGAGAGCUUGGCACAACCACCCCGAAGAGCAGGAGAGAGUUCUGCGGUUCCACGCGUUCAUUUCCUACAGCGAGCGUGAUUCGUUGUGGGUGAAGAACGAGCUGAUCCCAAACCUGGAGAAGGGGGAGGGCGGUAUCCAACUGUGCCAGCACGAGAGAAACUUCAUCCCUGGCAAGAGCAUUGUGGAGAACAUCAUUAACUGCAUUGAGAAGAGCUACAAGUCGAUCUUUGUGUUGUCUCCUAACUUUGUGCAGAGUGAGUGGUGUCACUAUGAGCUGUACUUUGCCCAUCACAAAUUAUUCAGUGAGAAUUCCAACAGCUUAAUCCUCAUUUUACUGGCGCCGAUCCCUUCGUAUGUUAUCCCUGCGAGGUAUCACAAGCUGAAGGCUCUCAUGGCAAAGCGGACGUACCUGGAGUGGCCGAAGGAGAGGAGCAAGCAUGCUCUUUUCUGGGCUAACCUGAGGGCAGCUAUUAGCAUUAACUUGCCAAUAUCCUUUGAAGCAAAUGAGGAGCAGAAUCAUAUUACUUCUACUGGUAGUGUAAGUCAGUAUGUGAAUAACUGACUUGAGUGUCUUGCAUUAAAUUGUGUUAAUCAAAUUUUUAUUGUAUCUUACAUCAUUUGUUGUUUAUAGCAAAAUGUGAUUGUGAUACAUGCAGAAAUUGCUCUUGCUUAUUCUAAUCAUGAAAGUAGUUAGAAAUCUUCUUUAUUUGCCCACCAUCAACAAAGGGAAGGAGAGAGAAAUUUUCAUAAUGAAUAUACUGAUUUUUGUAGACUUACGUUGCCUUUAUUUUGGACUUCUUCCAUUGCUUCUAGCCAUAUUCGAAAGUAACAAAAGUAGUGGUUGGUUCAAUGUCAUCAGGACUGUCAAGGCAUGCAUUUAAUCUUUGUUCUUACAUGGAUGUUUUGCGGUUAAUGUGGAAGGGAUUUGCUCCCUUGGGUUUAAUUAAAUAAUACAAAGAAGAAAACUAUUGUUUAAAUCCUUUCCUGUACAUUGGUCUAGUAGAUGUCAAGGGUGCAGUAUCUGUACAUCUUCAGAUCUCACUGAGUCUUGUUAGGAGUCUGUUUUCCCUUCCUGGAAGUCUUUCCCUUCAUCACAGACAGAGACUUUUCUAGGUCAGAGCUGAAAGUUGGAGCCAUUCGUCCCUGUUUAAUAUUCUUCUUCCUUUGCUAUACUGAACAUUCCCACUUACCUAGAUUCAGGUACCAAGUCACAAUUUCACAGAAUUUGCUAUUCAUUAUCUUCAAAAUAAUAGCUAAUAUCUGAACUUAUGAAAUGUUUAUAGUAUUAGAAUAUUGCUGCUUUCUGCUAUGAUCAUGUCAAGCUAUAGUGGGUUGCUUGUUUUCUUGUUUUCUGAAACAUAGUUAUGUAUUUCAAGAAAAUAUUUUUCUUAUUAUGAGCUUUUUCAUCUGUAAGAGGAUAGAGAAAAAUGAGAUGCCUCAAUCUAUUACCAUUUCCUUACAAAAAUUUCCCUCAGUUGUGCCACCGUAGUUCUUCUGAAAAUUACGAAAUAUAGUUUAUUUCUAACUCUCUGCAGCAGCUAAUAAUAACCUACAUUAUAAUGUAGUUUUAUAGGUAUUUAGAAUAUGUUUUACAUUAUAAUAACAGGAAACCCCCUCAUAUUUAUAGAAAAUUGGCAAUGCUGCAAAUGAACAGGAGGAAACAGAAGUUGUGCAACGAUUGAGAAAGAGUGGUAUUACCAGAACUGUCACUGAGUUAGGUCAUUUAUUAAGUAUUUAAACUCAGAAGCUUGAUGUUUGGAGGUAAAUCCCUUUUAUUGCCAGACUUUCACUGAACUGUAUUACCUUGCCCUUUUAUUAGCAGGUACUGAGGGGCAUCAUGCAGAUGAAAAAGGAGUAAUUUUCAUUGGGAGAUAAUUUAUCUGCUAAAAUCAAACUGAUUAAACUAAUGGUGUUUGUGGAUAGGAGACAUCUAAUCAUUUGCUGUGCUUGGAUUUAAUUUGACAAUCUAAUAAACCUCUAAUUUUUUAUCUGUU